AAAAAUAAAGUCAAAAAUAGGAUCACACAAAGAAUCACACAAUCUUCUGCACCCAUUUUUCUCGAUCGAAACAUAUCAUUCUCUCAAUUUCCAACCCCGUCGUUCAUCAUCGUCCCAAACUCCUAACCCUAAUAAGCUUCUCUCUCUCUCUCUCAUCAGAUUCAGAGCUCUCUGUUCAGCUCCUCUGAUUCAUUAUUUCGGGUUUCUUGCCAAUUUUCGAGCUGAUUCUUGGCUCAAUCUUCCAAUCAUCAAGAUUCGAACAAGCCCAUUUUUUAUGGCAGAUUUAUGCAUGUAUCAAUACCAGUACUCUCUGUUUUUCUCUAUCAAUUCUCUCUCUUUUUCCUUCAGUUUCAGCUCAGAAAUGGUGAUCUGAAUAAACCCCAUUUUGGGGAGGCCCUAUUUUUUGUUUUGUGUAUUUAGUGCAAACCCAGACCUUCUUUGGGCUCCUUAACCUUGAAUCCGUUUCAAAAAUUCUAUCUUUCUCCUCAUUAAGUUUAGCCUUGAAUUUCUUUCUGUAUGUGCUGAUUUGAUGCUCCCAGUCUUGUACAAGAGGGCAAUGAAGAACCCUGUAGCUGGGAAGAAAUGGCUAUAUGCACUCUUCUCUGCUGCAUUUCUGUCGGCCCUCAUAUUUUUGACCUCGAUCACCGGGUUUAGUUCUUAUCACUAUGCAUUUUCCUCAGAAAGAUCAUUUGCUUCGACUGUUGCCCGUGGGCCCGGGCAUCCUCCGGCGUUUGCCUACUAUAUUUCCGGCGGCAAGGGAGAUGCAGAGAGGAUGUUCAGGCUGUUGCUGGCUGUUUAUCACCCUAGGAAUAGGUAUUUGUUGCACAUUGGGGCAGACGGGAGCGAGGAGGAGAGGAGGAAAUUGGGGGUUCUUGUGAGGUCCGUGCCCGCGAUUAGGGCUUUUGGCAAUGUGGAUUUGGUCGGGAAGCCGGAUCCGGUGACCCAUAUGGGAUCAACAAACAUUGCGGCUGUCUUGAGAGCCGUGGCCAUUAUGUUGAAGGUGGAUAGUGGAUGGGAUUGGUUCAUUACUCUUAGCCCUAGGGAUUAUCCGCUCGUGAGCCAAGACGAGCUUUUCCAUGUCUUCUCAAAUGUCAGGAGAGAUCUGAACUUUAUUGAUCACUCCAGUGACCUUGGAUGGAAAAUGGACCAAAGAAUUCGGCCAGUAGUUGUCGAUCCCGGGAUUUACUUGGCUCGGAGGUCCCAAAUUUUUUACGCAACCGAAAAGCGACCCAUGCCCGAAUCUUUUACUGUUUUCACAGGCUCUGCAUGGUUUAUCUUGAGCCGUUCCUUCCUCGAGUUCUGCAUUUUCGGUUGGGACAACCUCCCGAGAACCCUUCUGAUGUAUUUCACAAACUCUCUUCUGUCACAAGAAGUCUAUUUCCAUUCUGUCAUUUGCAACUCUUUGGAGUUCAAGAACACGACGGUCAACGGCGACCUGAGGUAUUUCGUGUGGGACGAUCCGCCCAAGAUGGAGCCCCACGUCCUGGGCCCACCAGACUACGACGACAUGGUUCAGAGCGGCGCGGCUUUCGCCCGACGGUUUGAGGGUGACGGUCCGGUUCUUGACAUGAUUGAUGAGAGGAUCCUCAACCGGACCCGCAACCGCGUGGCCCCCGGCGCGUGGUGCGCGGGCCGGGGCACGUGGUUGGCGGACCCGUGUUCGCAAUGGGGCGAUGUCAAUGUCAUCGAGGCGGGACCCGGAGCAAAAAGACUCGGAGCGUCCGUGGAUAAGCUCCUCGAGGACUGGCAAUCACAAACGAAUCAAUGUAAAUGACCCCAGAGGGCCACAUGAUUUGUAGGGUCAUUUUGACAAAAAUGACCCUACAAAUCACAGGCGUGUGAAGAACCCAGUGGCGGUCUAGCCACUGGGGUUCGGAAAUCGGAAUACUUUCGGGUAGAGGGGUGACAUUUUGUAGAGGAUUUUUAUCAUCAAGUGGUCACUCACUCACUUGGUGUUUGGUAUAGGGGCAAAAAGGGGAACAAAAAUUGGAAGCCAUUUUUAUGUGGUGUCCUCUCCUUUAAACAAGAAUGGGAAAGAGCCUCUCAAUGUGCUUAUACUGUAUAU